CUAACAAAAGGACGAUGUAUCUGGAGAAUUACCUAAAAGUCGGCGCGAAGCUGAUUAUAAAACAUCUAAACAUGAGAUGUCUUGUGUGCAAGUUGGAGUGUGCAGUGGAUAAGGGCUGAAGAGGGUGCCAUAUAGCUUCUUAAAAAAUUUGAACGAAUGACGCCCUCAGUUGAGAAACGGCGCUCAUAUCUUCACCUUUGGCGCGAGUUUCUUGAUUUUAACACUCAGCCGAAUUACCCCCUGUUCGCCAAGGGGCACCAAACGAAGAAAAGUGCUAUGAAUGUCUCCACAGUGUUUCCGGAAGGUUACACUACAAAUCAAAGUGAAGUUACUGUCGCUCAAGGAAAUAUUGAAGACAACGAGAGUGAAGGUGAUGCACGCAAAACUUCUGCACAUACGAAGGACUUUGUGGGGCUUGAAGAGGUGUCAAAAGUUGACUUUUUGGUGCCACUUUUUGCCGAAGCACUGGGAACGUUUCUGCUUGUUAUGAUUGGCUGCGCUUCCUGCAUCACAUGGACGACUCCAACAACUGUUUUUCAUAUUGCCUUUACGUUUGGACUUGCAGUUGCCAGUCUUGCCCAGGUACUGGGACCAAUUUCCGGAUGUCAUAUUAAUCCGGCAGUGACAUUGGGACUCGUUGUUAGUGGAAAUUGUACCAUUCUGAGAGGAUUAUGCUACAUCGUGUGUCAAUGUUGCGGAGCAAUUGCAGGAGCUGGUGUGUUGAAGAUUGCACUUCCAGCGGAGAAGACGAAUCAAUCAUUGGGAAUGACAAAUCUGAGUGUGGAGAAUGGACAGGGAAUUUUGAUCGAGGCGAUUAUUACAUUUUUGCUGGUGCUCGUGGUCCAUGCAGUCACGGAUCCAAAGAGGCACGACUGUCGUGGAUGGGCACCACUCGCAAUUGGGUUGACAAUCACUGUUUGUCAUUUGGCCGUUGUCCCGGCAACUGGUAGCAGUAUGAAUCCAGCUCGAUCACUCGGUCCAGCUGUGAUUUUGGGAAUCUGGAAAGAUCAAUGGGUUUAUUGGGUCGGACCAAUACUCGGCGGUGUUUUGGCUGGUGUUCUCUACAGAAUGGGAUUCAAGUCAAGAAGCAAAGACGAUGACGAAGCUUCAUACGAUUUUUAAGCUAUAGAAAAUCAUUCUUGGCUUUUUUUUCUUUUAUUUAAUUUUAAUACAUUCAUAUUUUUGCAUUUAUUUUCUUAAAUUUUCAAUUUUGACAAUUUCGAGCGAAAUCGAACGAAAAUUUCAAUUUUUCGUUUUAUU